GUGAAAGACGCCGUUAAUGGCGGAAUGCUUGGCCUAGUUAGGAAGUGAGAUGUAACUGGAAAAAGUUUGACAUAACUCCCUCUUCACAAUGAGCAGCCAUCGCCCCCAUCCACAGCGUCAACGUCGGCGGAAACAGCGUCACGAAGACACUGUGGUGGCGUACCAUGAGUACCUACAGGCGUUGAUCAGGGAUCGGUUGAAUGCUGUCAACCUGGGCCCCGCUAAAGUGCCCUUUCGGAUAGCCAUGGUUCUGUACAUUUGGGGUCUGGCUUGUUGUAUUGUUGGGAUAUUGGUCAUAAGUCUGCGUCACAGACAUCUCUACCUGACGGGCGUGUGGACAAGAUUUGUUGGACCGCUUUUUAUUAUUUUCUUUCUUCUCAGUUUUGGUGCUGCUACGUACUUUCUUAACCGGGCCAAGCAGAUAUCUAAUAAAUACCGUAGAGACCUUAGGUUUCAACCACUUGGACAGUAUGGUGUUAAAGUUGUUCACAUUACACGAUUACCCCAUGAGAAAAUUCUCAGAGAAGAGUACAAGACUGGAUCCACCCCACAUGUCACUGCCAAAGCUCCUAGACAGAUGAGAUCCUAUCCACACAGGUAUGGUCAAUCUAAUAGAGGAUAUGCACCAGAGAAUGGACAAGGUGAUUAUGGCCGUGAGUAUGGCCGUGAGUAUGGCCAUGAAUAUGGCAGCAAAGGCUAUGGUCGUGAGUAUGGAAGCUCACAGGCAGGCUAUGGCCAACGCCACCGGGAGCCACGGCCUGCAGGACCCCCUGAUGUCAUACCUGGUAGACCUCGUCAGUACAAGUCCAGAGUUGUGAUACAGCAGGAUCAGCCACCUCGUUCUCACAGAGGCCACCCUCCAGAGGAUGAUAGCUCAGUAUGAUCAAGCCUCGUAUCAUCCAAUCAUCAUACAAACAGCUAUCAACUUUAUGUUAGUCAAGAUAAAAUCAUGUUCAACUCUUUCACUUCUCGUAGGGAUGAUCUUCAGUUCGAAAGUAUAUGUGUAAGAGAGGAUGAUGUGUGCAGAUUUUUCACAACCUGUUGUAAGCAGGAGUGCAGUGAGAGAAUACAUAGUAUCAAUCUUCAUCAUCCCACAUUAGCCAAAUACCCUGUUUGUCAGCGUAGAAAAGAUAUGGACAUCUAUUCCAAGAGAGACUCUGAAACUAAAACAAAUAUAACUUCCUGAAUUUAGUGUCUUUACAGAAGACUAGUUUGCAUCUGUAGGCCUAUCUGC